AUGCGAGUGAGUAACGUGACGAAAAAUUUAUGCUGUAUUUUGUUCCCCACCUCGCUUGUUGGAGCAGCUAGUAGCUGGUUUAACAAGUUUACUCAUCAUUCAAUAAUUUCCUGGGAGCAGCUAUCCAGGGAUUUGAAGAAGCGAUUCCAAACCACUAGGGAUAGGCGACCCAAAGCGGCCUCGCUAACCAAUAUAAAGCAGCAGCCUGACGAAACAAUUAAGGAGUACUUAAGUCGGUUUAGCACAGCUGCCGCUAGGCUUAGAAACUUGGAUGACAACACGCAACUUACAGCCCUUCAGGCGAGGAUCUCCACUGAUCCAUUAACUGUCGGGGGCGAGUUGUGGGAUGAUUUACAAGGAUGUCCAGUAAGAAGCAUCACUGAGUUCAACUAG